CAACAUAUUUUCCCUUGCCAUUCUUAUUUCAUAUCUCGUCAUCGUAUUAAGAGCUUGACGAUCAUCAUUUUCAUUUUCGAUCUUCAUCCUUCUCGUUUGGUUUUGUCAUUAUGCAACCAUGAGUGGUGAAGUUGAUCCCUCACUUGAUAUUCAUAGUUUCUUGUACUUGAAUCCAAAUGAAAACCCCGCUAUGGCAUUAGUUUCUCCCUCACUUGAUUCCAUAAACUAUUACUCUUGGAGCAGAUCCAUGCUCACAGCUCUCAGUGCUAAAAACAAAGUAGAAUUUGUGGAUGGCAGUGCUCGACAACCGUCUUCCUCUUACUGUGUCUACAGUGCAUGGAAACGAUGUAAUAUUAUGGUGGUUUCCUGGCUUGUGCACUCUGUUUCUUCUUCAAUAAGACAAAUCAUUCUCUGGAUGGACUCUAUAGAAGAGAUUUGGCGCGAUCUGAAAUCACGUUAUUCCCAGGGAGAUCUUCUGUGCAUAUUUGCUCUACAACUCAAAGCUUCCUCGAUCAAACAAGGUGACUUAUAUGUCACUAACUAUUUUACUCAGUUACGGAUUAUAUGGGAUGAGCUUGAGAACUUUCGACCAGACCCGAUUUGUGUGUGCACUGUGAAAUGUGUGUGUAAAGUUUCAUCUAUUCUCGCUCAAAGGAAAUUGGAGGAUCAAGCCAUGAAAUUUCUUAGAGGGCUUAAUGAUCAAUAUGCAAAUGUUAGAUCUCAUGUUUUCUCCUACGCUGCACAACAGGAGCGACAGUUUUUUGUUCCUGAUUCCUUAGCUGAAGUUAAUGCUACCAUCAUGAAUUCUAUGUGCAAUUUUUAUGGACGAACUGGUCAUACUGAAAGCACUUGUUACCGUAAGCAUGGAUUCCCUAACAAGAAUGGCAAGAGCACCUCUAAUCGUGGAAAAGCUUGCUCCCACUGCGGAAAGAAUGGUCAUACAGUAGAUACAUCUUAUAAGAAAUAUGGCUUCCCUCCUGGCUAAUGUUUCUCCAAUAACAAAUCUGCAUCUGCUAAUAGUGUUUUGACCACUGAGGUGAAGGCCAAUAAGAAAGAUGUUUCUGCCCUCACUGAGCACCAAGAGAUUCGCUUCACUCCUCAAUAAUAUCAAGCUUUGUUAGCCUUAAUUCAGCAGCCAUCACAUGCUCCUUCAGCAUCACACUCAGCUCAUAUAAAUCAAAUUGGUUCUAUUACUUCUUCUUCUGCACACACAUCUCAACCUUCAGGAUGCGAGAACCAAGAUGAAGAUUGGUUCAGUUGAUGUGCAGGGUGGUCUAUAUCAGCUCAUACCUCAUCAUUUCAAAUCUCAUUUUAUACAUUCUACCAUAAUUCACCCAAAAUGUGAUGUAAUACCUAUUGACUUGUGGCAUUUUCGCCUUGGGCUUCUGUCAAAGAUUUUACUUGCAACACUUGUCAUUAUGCCAAACAGCAUAAACUUUCUUUUUCAUC